AAGAAAUUCGUCCAUUUCAAGGAACAACUUUUAAUUCGGUCGAACAUGUUCUUAUUUAUGAUACUUUACCCAAGACAAAUUGUGCCAAUUAUUUUCCAAAUGUCAACCAAUGGACAAUUAAUCAUUGUCCGGAAAUACCUCAUGAACCAUUAGUCAAUAUCAUUAAUCGUAUUAUUCCAUUGGAUCAACUUAGUAAAUUGGUGAUCAAAGAUUUUGAUGUGCCUUUUGAACAAUUAAUUAAUAUUUUAUAUGUUAUUUGUAAUUUAGUUACGUUCAAAAGUGAUCCAUUAUAUUUGAAUGAUGUUGAUUUAAAUUCAAUUCAACAAACUAAGCGUUUUUGUUGUGUAUCAGAUAGAAAUAAAAUUAGAACGGUGGAUAUGUCUUAUAAAUAUAGAUUAAUUAAAACAUUGGAUAUGCCUUAUAAAUAUACAUUGAAAAAACUUCAGUUGUUCAUCAAAUUAUUUCGUCGAUUGGAACAUUUAACAGUUGAAGUAAACACUACAGAACUUGAACGUACAGUCGAAUAUUUAAUUGUACCCAGGUCGAACGAUACGAUCCGUAAUCGACCGUUUACGGUUACCUUACGAUGUAUAAACGGACCGUAUACGGCCGUAAUAUCGGGCACAGAAAUACGGCCUGAUCAUAAUGAGAUUACGCCCCGUAUACUGUGA